AUGCAAACACAAGAGGCAACAUAUCCGGACGCACCUGUACAAGCCACCGACUCCGAUGAUGAUAUAACCUUUGUCAAGACUGUCAAACCCAUCCGCAUUCAGAGCUGCCCUGGUCAUAUCCUCACCUUUCCGCCCAGACAGACACCCAACUCCAGCUAUCCAUUCAUGCUUCAUGACCAGAUGGAUCUCCCAUGGGACUACCAAUCUUGCGGCACCAUCAUGAUCUUGCGAGCAUCGUCAUGCACAGGAAAGGCCUUGUAUCGCCAAGCCUGUUGUUCUUGCUCCGAGCUUGAGAAUAACUAUAACCUCAUAGUGAUCAAGUACCACAUCAAGCACGGAGUUCACAAGAAUUCGCCCUUUGCUUACCAUGGUCUGGGCGGUAUGAUUGAAGUCGCACGUCGAAAGGGUCGUCAGAAUGAGUAUCUGAGGUUCAAAAAGGUCAAUAUGGUGAAGAAACUGGCGGGACGUACGGGGAAGAUCAGCAAAUACAAGCAGAUGGUGCUCGCCUUGUCCGACAAGCGCAUCCCCUGCCUGAAUAGCCUCCUUCGUGUGGCCCGGCGAUGA